UCUCUGCAUUUAAACUAGUUGAGUAGCCUAUAAAACUGAAGAAACAUAGCAAUUUAUUGAUGUCUUUAUGCAAUGAAGUAGGAUUAACUGAAUGUUUCAAGUAGAUAAAUACCUAUAGAAUAGGCGAUACAAGUGAAUGGAUGUUACCACGUCCGCGUUUAAUAAAAGUAUUCAAAUCAAAAGUAAAAGGCUAUUAUGGGUGUGAUUUUUAACAAAAUGUGUGUAUGCGCCGUCACGUAGGGUUUAAAUGUAGGAUUAAAUAAAAAGGAAUUUUAGUGGAUGUGCAUUGAGCAAUGCAGGUUUUCAUUUAAAUUUGUCUAGCGACACACGUUAAUUGUUGCAAAUUCACAAAACACGUUCAAAGUCUAGUGUAUAGUAUGAAAAGAGGACAUAAUUAUAUUUUCAGAUCCAUUUAGAUCAAUUAAAAAUGUGAACGUCGGCGUUCCCGCCAUACGUGCAAACGACAUACGUUGUAGCUUAAUUGGUGUUUAAACUCUGGAUUUAUAUUUGUAAUACGAACAUAGAAGCAUUUAAAUUUUAGACGUUCCGCGUUAGCAAAAUCAGUGCAUGAAUUUCGGAUGUAUAUCUAGUAUCGUAUAUAUACGUGAUUGACGAUACUGCUGGACGUCUUAACCAUGGAGCAUCUGACGUCACGAACCGUGUUUCAUGAUAUCGAGCUGAAAUCUGGGGAACGUGACGAGUUCGAUGGGGCCGCCAUUUUGCCCGACUCGGAGUGGGAGGAGUCAGCGCACGUGACCCCUGAGCCUGACCUCGCCGUGCUGCACGUGGACUCGGACGAGGAGUGGGACACGGAUCUCGAAGAUGAAGGGAAGGCGCCGCCCCACAAAUACAUUUCGGAAGACCAGGCCCGGCAGGUCUACUUGGCGGCCUGUCGGCAGCUGGGGAUCGUUCCUGCGACCUGCUUUGUAAGGGGCAUCGACACGGACACUCUUAAUCUCAGCUACCAGGGACUCGGACCCCUAGGAACCCGUGCUGUGGCCACGGGAUUAGUGAUGGACAGAGUUUCUAGCCGGCUUCUACUCGCAGGCAACUUUAUAGGCACCGACGGUAUCCGACACGUCGGGGAGAUGCUGAAGGAAAACGAGUACCUGACCUACGUCGAUCUUUCUGAGAAUGACCUUGAAACGUACGCAGCAGAGGUAAUUGCCGGGGUGUUCAAAGAAAACGACAACAUCAUCGCAUUAAAACUAUCAGGCAAUCAAUUUAAAGACAAAGAUGCUGAACACUUCGCAGCUAUUCUGACAAUCGGGCCCGUCUUCAAAAAUGGUCAAUACACGGGUCUAAAAAAGCUGGACAUGUCGCACAACAAUUUCGGAGACAUCGGGGCUGAAAUCUUGGGCAAGGCAAUAGACAGCAAUGAGACGCUACAGGAGUUGAACCUGGCCUGGAAUCAGAUCCGGCGCUCGGGGAUCCACCACCUGGCCAAAGGACUCGCUGAGAACAACAGUUUACGCGUGUUCAAUCUCUCCGGUAACGGCGUGGACAACGCGGGGGCGGAGUGCCUGGGAAGGGCUCUCACCUCCAACCGCUACCUCACCGACCUCUCCCUCAAUUCAAACCGCAUCGGACUGGAGGGCGUGGCUAUGCUCUUCACGAGCAUCGGCAAGAACGAGGCACUCAAGAUUAUCCGGUUAACCAACAACCCGAUAACAAUACAGGGGCCCAUGGCAGCCCUGACUUUGAUACAGAAGAGCGAGACGUCUGUACUGGAGCAGAUUGAAAUAGCUGACGCAUGUGUACCGCGUGAAUUCUACGCAAUGUUGGAAGACGUCCAGCGCGCUCGUCCGCUGUUUACCGUUCAUAUUGGUGGCUUCAUGAACUCGCGCGACAUGUGCAAGGUGGCGGAAAAGAAAGCGCAGGAGGGCUGGGCAAAAGACCCCGUACUGGUCUUCGUCCACUUCAUAGAGAGCCGCAAUAUCAAGGUGCUCGACUUGUUUAAGCAGGUUGACACGGACAAGAGUUGUACGCUCUCGAAGCAGGAACUGGUGUCGUGUCUCGGCAAGUUGGAUUGUCCGCUGAAUGAGAAGCAAUUGUCCCAUCUCAUUGACGUGUUUGACGUCGACAACAGCGGCGAAAUAGACGUUGAAGAGUUUAUAGACGGAUUUGCCCGCCAUAAACGUCGAUUUUCUAAAUACGCUAACGGUUCGUCCGGAAGUCGCGGUUCGUCGGCCACUUCCGCGUCGUCGUCUCGUCCCCCCUCCCAGCCAGUGAAUACACCCGACUCGACCGUCAAGCGUUCUCGACUUAUGGAGGAGAAAUUACAUACAUUGCUUGUACCGGAAAACAAAAAUCUGUUGGACGUUCCGCUUCUCCGAACAAAUCCAGAAGUGACGUCAGAUGAACUACCAGGAAACUUCAUUUUACCUAUACCACGGGCCGCAACGGUGUCUUGAGGCACACUCUCGUCUAUGUGAUAUCAUUAAACGUGCAAGUUCCCUAUUCACAUGUAUACGCUCGUUUAAUGUUUUCGGAAAACUUCCUUUUCAGAUUGGCUGACAGUAUUUGUUUCGAAUUUGAAGUGUUGUGUUAAUGAAACACACACACGUUUUAGCAUUCGUUGAUUUAAGCAUCAUUAUUCAAAGAUACCGAUUGCUUUAUGCAGUACUGGUUUAAAGUGGGUAUGCACGAUUUAUAUAUGUGUUAAAUUAUAAUAUAUUGAUUAAAAUAUGUUACAAUAACACAAUAUAGGCAAGACAAAAAUAUACAUCGAAGACGAAUUUCAUAAAAUGCAGCGAAGACAAAUAAGCGCCCAAGCCGAUUGUGACGAAGAUAUUUAGUACAUAUUUUCCUACAAUGACCGAAGCAUUCGUCUUUUUAUUAGAAUCGGCGUAAGUGUUCGUGAGUAGUAUGAAUAGAUAUCGUUGCAGAAAAUUAAAAUGAUCCGUAAAACUUAAUUUAGAUUCAGAUCGUGCAUGCAUGAUAUACAUUCUGGCGAAUUCGUCUGUACAGACAUUUUCGAUUUCAGAAUUAAAUAUCUGGCUUUUUUUCGCAUUUUUCGACACAUGUUAUUCUUAACUUUUAUUUUAAUUUAUAUUGAAAUAUAUUUAUAAUAUUUGUUUACACAUUUUAUAUAAAUUCGUAAAUAUUUGACAAAAUCGUGCAUACCCACUUUAAGAGAAUGCUAUUAUUCGAUAUGGUUACUGAAUCAAUAUGCCAACACAAUAGCUAAUAAUAAGUGCCGGUUAUAACGAACGCAUUUUACAGAUUUUGUUUGUAAGAGUAAAAUGUAUGUGUGAAAUAUUGAUUAAACGACGUUCAGAUCGUUAUUUUACUGCAAAUAAUGUGCAGUUAAAACCACAUGUGUUGCCAUAUUGAUAACAUAACUUCGUAAAUAUGGUUCAGUUAAUUUUGACACAAUAUAAAAUUUUAUUAAAAUAUAAAUAUUAUAAUUGUAAAUUUAAAAGGUAUAUAUUUAUACAAUAACACUGUCGUUAUUUCGGCUGUCCGAUUAUAGACGUCCGACCCAGCCCUGUAGUAUAUUAGUUUUUGUUCAAUAUAAUCCUAUUUUGUACGUUUACUAAAAUGUAUCACGAAACCAUC